AUGAUAUUCUUUCACACGUGGACGUUUUGUGUGUUUCCAGAGAAGAAACAUAGUCUCUGGGGAAGUGGAACCCACUGAUGAGGAGUGUGAAUGGCAGAAUGACCAUGAGGAUGAAGCAGCAUUAGCAGAAGAUCUAAAGAAGAAAGCAGCUCUAGAGGAAAAGACAGAAGAUGCAAAUGAGGAGAAACCCAAAGGAGUUCCAGAGUUUUGGCUGACCAUAUUCCGGAGUGUGGACAUGUUGAGUGAUAUGCUGCAGGAGCAUGAUGAACCAAUACUUAAACAUCUUCAGGAUAUUAAAGUGAUAUUUUCUGGUCCUGAUCAGCCCAUGAGCUUCACUUUAGAGUUCCAUUUUGAGCCCAAUGAAUACUUCACCAACACGGUCCUCACAAAAGUAUACAAGAUGAAGUCGGAGCCAGAUGCAGAGGAUCCGUUUUCAUUUGAGGCAGAGAUCAUCGACUGUGAUGGGUGUCAAAUUGACUGGCACAAAGGCAAAGAUGUGACGGUAAAAACGAUCAAGAAGAAACAGAAGCACAAAGGCAGAGGUACAGCGAGGGUCAUCACCAAACAAGUGCCCAAUGACUCCUUUUUCAACUUCUUCAACCCUAUUAAAGUUUCACCAGACAGAGAGCUGGAUGAGGAUUCGGAGUACACUUUAGCCACAGAUUUUGAAAUCGGCCAUUUCUUCAGGGAAAGGAUCGUUCCGAGGGCAGUUUUGUAUUUCACAGGAGAAGCUCUGGAGGAUGAUGACAGUUUUGAAGAGGAGGAGCUGGACGAGGGUGAAGAGGAGGACCAAGAUGAGGAGGAAGAGGAUGAUGAAGAGGAGGGGGAUUCCAAGACUGGGAAUCCUCAGCCUGCAGAGUGCAAACAACAGUAAUUUGGAUCAGUCACUCCUGCCACUGUCAAACCCCAUCAGCUCACCUAGAAUCAGCUCUGUAGUGCGCCUACAUUCCCUGAUGAGCACACCAUCAAAAACAAAACAUGAUGCAGUACAUUGGUAAACUAGUUUAUUAUCCUACAAAAUGAACUUUCUAUAUUAGUUGCUAUAUUACAACACUAUAGAUAAAUUGGGCAAUUCCAGAUUACAGUUGGGCCUCAGAAUGUAGAUAUAUACAUAAAUAAAUGUACAACAAUUUUUUAAUUCAUUAUUCAGACAUAAUGACUGAAGAUAUCUCACUGCAUAGCCAAAAUAAAACAUUGACUUGCAGGUCUGAAACAGUCUUGCAAGCAUUGUUCACAUUCAAACAGAUGACAUUUUAAGACUGAAUGAAAUAAAUGGGAUCGUAUUCUAACUUCCUGUGCACAUCUAACCUUUGUGAAGGUUGCUUGUAUUUAACAUAGUUUCUUUUCUCACUUUUGAAGUGUUCUGUGUCAUCGGCAUAACUUUUUUUUUUUUUUUUUUUUUUUAUACAGCAUAUCUAUUUAUGUACUUUUUGAACAAAGCUGCAUGUUUAUGCACUUAUUUAUUUAUGGAAUCCUAGCCAGCUAGCCAGUCCAACUAAUGUUUCAGUAAUAUGUUGUAGGCAUCAACUAAUUGUGUUGCCAAGUCUGGCAUUUUGCAAUAUGGACAUCUAACAUUUCCAUUUUCAUUUCACUUUCUCUUGAAGUUCAUAAUAAAUAAAUACAUCUCUGCACUCCACUUCAUAAGUAUGCUCAAUUGGUGUAGUCUCUUUGUUUUUUUUGUUUUGUUUUUUUAUGUAUUUAAAUAUACAUAUCCAUAAUGCUGGAAUUGCUCAAUUUAGAUAGUAAGAUGACAAAGACGAUAGGGCAAAAGUCCAACUGCAGAUGAUCACAUGACCUGAAAGUCACAUGUUUUAUGUGAUCACAUCCUCAAGGUACAACAUCACAUCCUCGACUGAAUUAAUUUAUUUUGUGACUUGAUCUCAUAGGUUACUCAGGGUUUUUUUAUGCCAAGAUGACAGUGUGCGGGUAUCCAGCAUUGUGAAACUGUUGAUAUCUAACCUGCUUUAUGUUCUCUUUUCUUUGUAAAAGAAGGAAGACUUUUGAAAUGUAGUUUUAGUUAUAAUGGAGUUAUGUAUACAUCUUUAACAUCUUUAUAUUAUUGUUUUGAACUCCUUUUUUUUUUUUUUUUUUUGUCUUGUGCUUCUUGUUGGAUCCCUGAGAGAAUAAGUUUUGCUGAUUUAUGUACUGUGCCCAGUUGAUUAUAGCCUCUUUUAGCAUUUUAAAAAUGCUUAUGCUGUACUGCCCAAGCACUUACAUUAAAAAUAAUAAUAAUAAAUUAAACAAAUACUUUUAAUGC